AUGCAGCCCAGAACGCGUCCUAUUCAGAAGUUUGCUCAGACUGUGUCACAAUGCUCAACUGAGGCCGCUGUUUACGGCAAAUGCAUCGUUGCAGACUACAAUGCGGUGCACAAGGACAAAUGCAAACAGGAGUUUAUCAAACUCAAGGACUGCUACCUUGCCGCAGCAAAAAAGCUACGAUGA